AUGGCUACUCCUCGCGAAUUCACUUUGACUCUCGAAACCGCCCCUCCAGCAGCAGCUCGCCCCGGCCUCCCCUUCACUGUCCCCGUCAUAGUCGCCGUACGACCCAUUGGAACACCCUCACGCACAGUACAACUCGUCGCCAGCGCCAGUCUCCGCGAUGAAGCCGGCACCAGCGCCGCCGUUGGACUCAGCGGCAACCUGACCGCCAUGGUGCGGAGCCACAUCGAACCCUCGAUGAGCGGCUACGCCAAAUUCGCCGGUCUCACCAUCUCGCGACCAGGCAAGUAUCGCGUCCGCGUCAUGCUCAGCACAUCCUCCGUCAACGGCGUAAUGACCAAGGAAUGCGUUGAUUCGGGAGUUAUCCAUGUGCACGCCGCUGCGCCAGCGGCCCAAAGGCCAAGUGGGUCUCUCUCUGUCGUUUUUCCCCUCCUUCCUUUUAUCCUAUCCUAUCAAUCGGAUUCCACCUCCGAGAUUUUUGUUAAAGACCCGCACUUUCUUUAUCCGCCGAGGCUCUGGUUCGCCGCGAUGGAUAACGGCGUGGCAUUCGGUGCCUUGGGACUUGAAAUUGGUUGCCCCUCUGAUUGCCGCUUCUGGCCGCUUGCUGAUACUGGAAAACUCUAG